CAUUCUUUCUUUUCUUCUUAGACGUUUUUACAAGUAGAACAAUUUUUUUAAUCCAGUGUAGUAAAACAUCCUGCUCUUUUCCUGCCACCAUAUGAACUGCACAACUUUCACAAAGCAAUGUGAUUGAGGGAAUCUUUAAUAUUCAAAGAGAAAAAAGAUCAAGAUAACGUGACUUUUUGGUGAAGUCUUCCAUCACAUGGCCUGACCACCUGUGCUUAGAAGUAGGGUGAUUUGCAUGCAUUUAGUAGUGUUAUUCUGGGUGGAAUAUUUUCACUUCUGUAAAUGCCUGAAUUCUAGAUGAAGCUGUCUUUUAUUAGAUUACUUCCUCAUCUGUAAACUUCACAGCUACACGUAAAGAUGCAGAUGCUCUUGGUCAUGUUUGGACCUGGAUUAUACCUGUUUUUGGCACUGGAUCAACUCAGUUUGGUCAAAACAAUGAACCCUAAAUUCUACCCUUGUGACAAUAGAACCAGCAGCGAUGGAAACAUACAUUUAAACUGCAAGCACAGAGACCUCACGAGCAUCCCUAAAUUUAUGUCCCUCUUUAUCAUCUCAUUAAACCUGGAUGAAAAUCGUAUACAUCACAUAAAAAGUGAUGAUUUCUCAGAUAUUCCCAAUCUUCAAGUUAUAAGUUUAAUGUGGAAUUGUUUGCCUGGUCGCCUCAAGGCGUUGAAAUUGCCUUCAUGCCAAGUGAUUAUUGAACGUGAUGCUUUUGUUAAUCUCAAGAACUUGACCUUCCUUCAGUUGGCAGGAAAUAGUCUCAAGACUAUUCCUCCUCUACCCCAGCACCUUGAGGUCUUAGGAUUAGAAUUUAAUAAUAUUUUCCGCAUUGAACGACCCCUUGGAACACCUUUUCUCAAGCAGCUGCUUCUUGCCAAAAAUUGCUACUAUGCCAACCCCUGUAAUGAAUCAUUUUUCAUUGAUCAAAGAGUGUUUCAGGAUUUACCUAUGCUACAGAACCUCACCCUUGGCUGUAAUAAUAUUACCUCCAUUCCCACGCAACUGCCACCCUCACUGGAAAGUCUAGACCUGAGAGAAAACAGCAUCACAGAGAUCCGGGAAGGCUCUUUUACAAACCUCACUAAACUCAGUUUCCUUAACCUGGAGUGGAACUGCCAAAGGUGUGAUCAUGCAGCGCAGCCUUGUUUUCCUUGCCCAAACAAUUCAUCCUUAGGCCUGCAUGACAAAGCUUUUUUUGAGCAGAGAGACUCACUUGUUAACCUUAGUCUACGGGGAAACUCAAUCCAUUCCAUUCCUAAAAAUCUUUUUGCACAACUAAAGAAACUAAAGAAACUUGACCUCUCAGACAAUUUCCUCGCCUACAGCAUCCAGAAUGGCACAUUUUAUGAGGAACUGCAGGGUGUUGUGUCCCUGAACCUUCUCUAUAACUACCAACCUCUGAAAACAUUUUCAGAGCUGAUAUUGUCACCCUCUAUUAGCAGAAUGAAGUCCUUGAGGAAGCUUCAAUUAAGUGGGCUUUUCUUUCAUCAGUUGUCAAACAAUAGCCUUAGGCCUCUGUUCAACCUACCACAGCUUGAGUAUCUUGACCUACGCAUGAACUUCAUUAAUUCUUGUAAUGUAACUGUGUUUAACCAGCUGAGAUCCUUGAGAAUGGUUGUGCUUUCACAGAACAUGCUAACCCUCAACCCAUACAACACAGCAAGCUCUAGUAAGGCCUUGACCCUGGAUAGAUAUCAGAGAGAUGACCACCUACAGCUUCAAGACAUGUCUGCAUUUGAGUCAAAGCUCCAGAGGAACUAUUUCCACUGCACUGACAAAGAAUGUCCAAAAGGUUAUUCAAUGUGGAAUCUCCGAAGGUGUUUCUGUUAUGGAAAACUCCUUUUUGACCUAUCACAAAACAAUAUCCCAUGGCUGAAUGCAAAUACUUUCAAAGGAAUGGAGCAAACCGUGUGCUUGGACCUGUCCUAUAACUAUAUGAGUCAAGCUUUAAAUGGUCAGCAAUUCUAUCCUCUCACCAAACUGGUAUACCUCAACAUGGCACACAACCGUAUUGACCUUUACUUUAACGAAGCAUUUCAGGAGAUACGCAGAACACUUAAGAUUCUUGAUCUCAGCAACAAUGAAUUCCAUUUUCACAUGAGGGGAAUAGGGCACCGCUUCACUUUCAUAAAGAACCUGACUUCACUUGAAGUUCUUAGUUUAGCAAACAAUAACAUUGGCAUGCGAAUCACCAACAUUCUUUAUAGUACAUCUCUAAAGUGUCUGUUAUUCUCUGGAAAUCGUUUGGACAUCAUGUGGGACAGCAGUGGAGAUCAGUACAUAAGAUUCUUUCAGGGGUUGACAAACCUUACAUACCUGGACAUUUCUGACAAUCAGCUUAGAUCAUGCUCCCCAGAAGCAAUAGCUAACCUUCCUCCAAGUAUUCGUGUGCUCAGGAUGGACUCGAACCUACUGAAUUACUUUCCCUGGCAAAAUAUCUCAGUUCUCAGUCUACUGUGCUAUCUGAACCUCAGUGGAAACUAUCUUUCUAACUUACCAGACAGCGUUAUCUACUUUGGCAUUAAACUUAGAAGCCUGGACCUUAGUCAUAACCGACUAAGUGCAAUUCCGGAGUCUUUCUUUAGUCAGGCAACAGGUCUUAAAGAACUGAUGCUCAAUCACAACCAGUUGAAGAUCUUAGAGAUGCACGCUCUCCCCCCAGCAUUACAGAAAGGCAGUACUAUUUGUACCACUUCAGAGACCUCCUGCAAGUUAACAUUGCAUGCUAACCCCUUUACAUGCAGCUGUGCCACUUCCUGGUUUACUGAUUUUCUGCGAAAAAGUCCUGUGGAUAUCCCACACCUCACUACAGAUGUUCGCUGUGGUUUUCCUGAAUCACAGAUGGGAGUAAAUGUCCUUUCUAUUGAUCCUCGCUCCUGCCAGGAGAUAUUUGGCAGUGUGUCCUUCCUCUUUACGUUAUUUCUUACUAUUGCAGCAACUGCAAUCCCCCUUUUGAGGCAUCUAUAUGGCUGGGACCUGUGGUACUGUUUCCAGAUAUUGUGGGCAGGACACAAGGGUUACACUCCAAUUCAAGGAAACAACAUGAACAACCAGCAUGAUGCAUUUGUGGUGUUUGAUACAAAGAACAAGGCAGUGAGCGAUUGGAUCUACAAUGAGAUGUUGAUUAACCUGGAAAGAACGGGAAGAUGGAAAUUUCGGCUCUGUCUGGAGGAAAGGGACUGGGUACCAGGAGUAUCAUGCAUUGAGAAUCUACACAACGCAGUGUACAACAGCAGGAAAACAGUGUUCGUUCUGACUAACCAGGGUGGCUGUGCUUCUGUGAAUGGGGUAAUAAAGCAAGCUUUUCUUCUGGUCCAGCAGAGACUACUGGAUGAGAAAGUGGAUGUUGCAAUUGUGGUCCUCCUGGAUCCUCUUUUCCCCAAGCUCAAGUACCUGCAAAUGAGAAAGAGGCUCUGCAGAAAGUCCGUUCUCUCCUGGCCUAAGAACCCUCGAGCUCAGCCUCUCUUCUGGAAUGACUUGAAUAUUGCUCUAGCAUCCGACAACGUGAAAUCCUAUGAUAAAAAAGUCACAGAGAGCUUCCUAUCUAAUGAGAUUCUAUAGAUCAUAUGAUGUUUGCCUUAAACAUGCUCAGCAAUUCAGACGGCCUAUUUAUUUAUAAAAGCGAUUUUGUUCAUUUACAUACACUGAAAAGUAUGAAAGCAACACCAUCUGCAAAAAUUAAUGCUUUCUUCAAGACAUUACAGACAGUUUAUUAACAUAAAACAGAAGGACAUGACUAAAUGUUUGUACCAAUGUCCGAGCUCAUCUCGGAGGCGGGAAUCCUCCCUGGACCAGAUGCCGGUUCAUUGCAGUUCACCUAAAACACACAUUCAUUUAAACCUAGGGGCAAUUUAUUACAGCCAAUCCACCUACUGGCUUGUUUUGAUAGUUGGAAAGAAAAGGCAGUCCCUGGAGGAAUCCUACAUGGAGAGCUUUCAAAACCCCUCACAAGACAAUAACCGGAACCCAGGAAUCCUAAAGCCAGGAAUUGUGAAGCUCCAUAACUACCUGCUGCGCCACUGAGCUGCCCACAUAUUUUGUGUUUUACAUAUUCUGUAAAAUAUUCUUGAACAUUUGUUGCUUUCUGCCAUACUUUUGACCUAUAAUUAAUAGUGUCUCACUGAUACCACAAUAAUUUUUGCAUAUGCCUGAAAAUGAUUUGCCAGCUUCAUAGCAGCAUCAUAUACUCUAAACAUUUUGGAUGUACAAUAAGACUGUGUAAGAAGACCUGAUGUAUGAAGUUAGGUACAGCAUAAUAUAUGUAUAGUUAAAAUUUAAAUAUGAAGAUAAAUCUGUCAUUUACAAGUCUCUGCACAUUCUAAUACAUUUUUAAGAUCAAUUAAAAUGCAUUUUGCCAUUUGUGUAUUUAAUCCUUUUUUGUAAAUAGGAUGAUCCUCCCAUGUUUCUUUCAUUGUAAACUUUUUUCCAAAAAAAAUGAAUCCACCUCUUGGACCAUGCUUUAUAAUAUGCACUAUUGUCAAGCUGAAGAUUCUCCACAAGGGGGAGGUAACUCUCACGUAGCCUUUAUUUGCGCGCUUCAUCAUAAAGGCAAUAUACUGUCUCACAAAUCAUGACCUACAGUAUUGGUUAACUAUCUAACUUAAAGUUCAGCUUAAUCUAACUCUCAGGUUUCUGAAUUUGAACUGUGGACCACAUUUUACUGGGGGGUAUCAUGGUAUGGUAUGGUAUGGUAACUGGUAACCAUGGUAACUGCAUGCCUAAUCUAAUCUGACAUGUAUGAAGUUCGUUGUCACAGAUCAAUCAACUCUGAAAAAGUGUAAUUUAUUACCUAAAGUACACCCAGUACACUCUGCAAAUGGCCUCAUCACUAAAAAAAACCAAGCUUACGCAUAUAAUAUAAUAUUUUCGUUAAUCACAGGUGAUGUA